AUGGCUCCCUCAGACGUGAAAGACCUUGAUGCGAUGGAGCUGGAGCGGGUUGGCCAGGCCAUCCACGCCAGCCAGAUGGACCCCGAACGGAGGAGGCAGGUCGAAAAGAAGCUGAAGAUGAAGCUCGACUUGCGAUGCUCGAUUUUCGUCAUGAUGUAUAUUAUGAACUACCUGGAUCGGAACAACUUGGGAGCAGCUCGUCUCAAAGGUCUCGAAGCUGAUUUGGGUCUCGACGACACCCAGUAUGCGACAUGCCUCAGCAUUCUAUACGUCGGCUACAUUCUCAUGCAGAUCCCCUCCCAAUAUAUCGCCCGCCCGUCGUGGUACAUUGGCACCGUCAUGCUCAUCUGGGGCAUGAUCUCUACUCUCUCCGGCAACGUCACUUCAUUUGGAGGCAUGGUGGCCAUUCGUUUCUGCAUUGGCUUCGUCGAGGCGGCUUUCCUCCCUGGUGCCCUCCUCAUUCUAUCGAAGUGGUACACCCGCCGCGAACUUACCAAGCGCAACGCCAUCCUCUUCUGUGGUAACCUGAUCUCCAACGCCUUCAGUUCCCUCGUUGGCGCCGGUGUGCUAUCGAACAUGGAGGGUACGCUAGGACACAGGGCGUGGAGAUGGCUGUUCUGGAUUGAGGGCGCCGCGACGAUGUUCAUUGCGCUUUUGGCGAUUUUCAUCCUGCCGGACCUGCCGCACAAUACUAGGGGCUUCACAGAGGAGGAAGGUGCCGUGGCUGUGCUCCGCAUGACCGAGGAUGUCGGCGAGGCAGAUGUGGAUUCUGAGACAAUGGGUGCCUUCACAGGUCUCGUCAUGGCGGUCAAAGACGUGAAGAUUUACGUCAUGAUGUUGACCUUCACGGCCUACGUUGUCGGCCUCUCCUUCAACGCUUUCUUCCCCACGCUCACCGGCACGCUGGGCUUCGGAUACGUUCCUACCCUUUUGAUGAGCGCCCCUCCGUGGGUAUUCUCCUGCAUCGUCAGCUUGAUCAACGCAUGGCACGCUGAUAGAUGUGAGGAGCGCUUCUGGCAUAUUGUCGGCCCCAUUAUCGGUGGCAUUGUGGGUUUCAUUAUCAGCAUGUCCACGGAAAAUGUUGCUGCACGUUACGUAGCGCUCUUUCUACAGGCGUCGGCCUACGCAGGCUUCAUCGUGUUCUACUCCUGGAUCUCCUCGUCCUUCCCUCGUCCGCCGGCGAAGCGUGCCGUCGCAAUCGCGAUGAUUAACGCAUUCUCGCAACUUGGCAAUAUUGCCGGGUCUUACGUCUGGAACAUGAAGGAAAAUGGGUACAGGAAGAGCUACGGCCUUGUCACGUCGAUGUUCGGUGUCACCAUUGUGGGCUGCUACAUCUUUAAGAUCAUUCUCGAGAGGCUGAACAAGCAGAUCGAUGAGGGUGAGGCUGCAUGGGUCACGAGUGGUGAUGUAGCUGAGCAGACGGCAAAGACAGAGGGUGUCACCGUGGAGGAGGGCACGAAGUUGAUCAGAGGGUUCAGGUACAUUAUCUAA